CUCUCUCUCUCUCUCUCUCUCUCUCUCUCUUCAAGUCUCAAAGUUGCGACACCCAUUGUACGGACGAAGCUACCUCCGAAUCAGAUCGGAAGCUCAUUUUUUUUCCAUCUCCAGAGUCACUUCUGCCUGCAUAGUAUUUGUAUACGAACCGUUUUGGGCAGAAGGUAUCGAUGGCUGCUUCCGAGGAGAAUAGUGCUUUGUUCCCAAUAUUUAUCUUGACAAUAAUGGCCUUGCCGUUAGUGCCUUAUACAAUAUUAAAGUUGUGCCGUGCUGCCUCAAAGAAAACAAAGACUAUCCACUGCCAGUGCUCCGAAUGCUCUCAUUCAGGGAAGUAUCGCAAAUCCAUAUUUAAGCGGAUCUCGAACUUCUCAACGUAUAGUAACUUGACACUAGUCCUUCUCUGGGUUGUUAUGAUUGUGCUGGUUUAUUACAUUAAAAAUAUGAGCCGUGAGAUUCAAAUUUUUGAGCCAUUCAGUAUUCUUGGAUUGGAAUCUGGAGCUUCGGAAUCAGAAAUAAAGAAGGCAUAUAGAAGACUCUCUAUUCAAUACCAUCCUGAUAAAAAUCCAGAUCCAGAGGCACACAAAUAUUUUGUGGAGUACAUAUCUAAAGCUUAUCAAGCUUUGACUGAUCCAAUUUCUCGUGAGAACUUUCAAAAAUAUGGUCAUCCUGAUGGUAGGCAGGGUUUUCAAAUGGGCAUUGCUCUCCCUCAAUUCCUUCUAGAUAUUGAUGGGGCAUCGGGUGGAAUUCUUUUACUCUGGAUUGUUGGUAUUUGUAUUCUCUUGCCUUUGGUGAUAGCUGUUGUAUAUCUUUCGCGGUCAGCAAAAUAUACUGGCAAUUACGUGAUGCAUCAAACACUAUCCAAUUACUAUCACUUAAUGAAACCUUCGUUGGCUCCAAGCAAAGUUAUGGACGUCUUCAUAAAGGCUGCUGAAUACAGGGAACUUCCUAUUCGUAGAACUGAUGAGGAGCCCCUCCAGAAGCUUUUUAUGCUAGUACGUAGUGAGCUGAAUCUGGACCUUAAGAACAUCAAGCAAGAGCAGGCAAAGUUUUGGAAGCAGCAUCCAGGCCUUGUUAAGACGGAAUUGUUGAUACAAGCUCAAUUAACUCGUGAGUCAGCAUCACUAUCUCCUUCUUUGCAUGCUGAUUUCAGACGUGUUCUAGAACUUGCACCUCGCCUCCUUGAAGAAUUAAUGACGAUGGCAGUCAUACCACGAACCGCUCAGGGGCAUGGAUGGCUGAGGCCUGCAGUCGGGGUGGUUGAGCUUUCUCAGUGUAUCAUUCAGGCUGUUCCUCUGGGUGCAAAGAAAGCUACAGGAGGAUCCAGUGAAGGCAUUGCACCUUUCCUGCAGCUGCCACAUUUUAGUGAGGCUGUUGUGAAGAAAAUAUCUCGCAAGAAGGUGAGAACAUUCCAAGAUCUUCAGGAUAUGACCUCAGAAGAUCGUGCUGAGCUGCUCAGUCAAACUGCUAGUUUCUCAUCUGCUGAAGUACAGGAUGUUGAAAUGGUUCUGGAAAUGAUGCCCUCAUUAACAAUUGAGGUGAACUGUGAGACGGAAGGUGAGGAGGGUAUACAAGAAGGCGACAUCGUCACGCUCCAAGCUUGGGUAUCGCUUAAACGCGGUAAUGGCCUGAUUGGUGCCCUCCCGCAUGCCCCUUACUUCCCAUUUCACAAGGAGGAAAAUUUCUGGUUUUUUCUAGCCGACACCGUCUCUAAUAAUGUGUGGUUUUCCCAGAAGGUUAGUUUCAUGGACGAAGCUGCUGCCAUUACAGGCGCUUCGAAGGCGAUUGAGGAGACAAUGGAGGGUUCAGGAGCAAGUGUGAGGGAGACUAGUGCUGCAGUCAAGGAAGCAGUUGAGAAGGUGAAGAGUGGCUAUAGACUGUUAAUGGGCAAGUUCCAAGCCCCAGUAGAAGGCAAUUACAACUUGACUUGUUACUGCUUGUGUGAUUCUUGGAUCGGCUGUGAUAGAAAGACACCCUUGAAGGUAAAGAUUUUGAAGCGUACCCGGGCUGGCACUCGGAGUGGUCUUGUGGCAGAAGAAGGACCAAUCACAGAGGACGGGGUUGAAGAGGAAGAAGAGGAUGAAGAGGAGGAAUAUGAUGAUUACGAGAGUGAGUACAGUGAAGACGAGGCAGAUGAACAACAGGAUACAAAAAAGAAGGGCCCUGCUGCCAAUGGCACUGCCGAUAAACGAGCGUCAAGCUCAGAGAGUUCAGGCUCAGACGAGGAGUGAAAAACAAAACUGUCAUAUGACACAAUAACCCUCUUUUUGUUUGUUCAUUUAUCCUUAUUUGGUGAAAAGAACUUGACGACCACCAUAGCGAUACUUAGUUUUGUUUUGUUUUUGUUUUUUUUGCCAAUCUUUUUUCUUUUCCUUUUAAUCAGUAGACCUUGAAAGU